GUUCAAGGCUGGAAAAGCCCGGAUGUCGAGCGCGCGCAAGGAGGCUGCGGCUUCAAAGACUGAGCCGCAGAGACACUUGGGAGGUACAGCUUGCGCGGGAGUACGCAGGCGCAGACCGCUGGCCAGUGGUCGAAGGAUGCGAGUUGAUGUGUUUUUGAGACUGCAUGCGACUUUGGAGAGACGAUAGAACUGCCUCUUUUCCAAAGAGGAACCCAAAGGAAGACUGGUCACCUCUUGCAAAUCUCAAAACCAUGGCUCAGGCAUCAGUGUCAUUCAAAGAUGUGACUGUUGACUUCUCUCGGGAAGAGUGGCAGCACCUGGAUCCUGCUCAGAAGACUCUCUACAUGGAUGUGAUGUUGGAAAACUAUUGCCACCUCAUCUCUGUAGGGUGUCACAUGACCAAACCUGAUGUGAUCCUCAAGUUAGAACGAGGAGAAGAGCCAUGGACAUCAUUUACAGGUCAUACCUGCUUAGAAGAAAAUUGGAGAGAUGAAGACUUUUUAGUGAAAUUCAAGGAAUACCAAGAUAAGUUUUCUAGAUCAGUUGUAUUCAUCAACCACAAAAAACUGAUUAAAGAGAACAGUAAUGCAUAUGAAAAGACAUUUACUUUAAGCAAAAACCCUAUUAAUUCAAAAAAUCUACCUCCUGAAUAUGAUACUCAUGGAAAGAUUUUUAAAAAUGUUUCAGAAUUAAUCAUCAGUAAUAUAAGUCCUGCAAGAAAGAGACUUAGUGAGUAUAAUGGAUAUGGGAAAUCACUUCUCAAUACUAAACCAGAGACAGCUCAACCUGGAGUCAAAUCCCAUAAUCAGCGUGGCAGGGUUGUCAGUCAUAAUGACGUACUUAUACAAUAUCAUAAGGUGGAAACUCCAGCACAGCCAUUUGGAUAUAAUGACUGUGAGAAAGCCUUCCUUAAAAAAGGAGAAUUAAUUACACAUAAUAGAGCUUACAUAAGGGAAAACCCAUCUGAAUAUAAUAAAAGGAGAAGAACAACCAAUAUUGAAAAAAAACAUACAUGCACUGAAUGUGGGAAGUCCUUCUGCAGGAAGUCAGUAUUGAUUCUGCACCAGGGAAUUCACACAGAGGAAAAACCCUAUCAGUGCCAUCAAUGUGGAAAUUCAUUUAGAAGGAAGUCAUAUCUCAUUGAUCAUCAAAGAACUCACACAGGAGAAAAACCCUUUGUUUGUAAUGAAUGUGGUAAGUCCUUCCGCCUAAAGACAGCCCUCACUGAUCAUCAGAGAACACAUACAGGGGAAAAAUCAUAUGAAUGUCCACAGUGUAGGAAUGCCUUCAGAUUGAAGUCACACCUCAUACGUCAUCAGAGAACUCAUACAGGAGAGAAACCAUAUGAGUGUAAUGACUGUGGGAAGUCCUUCCGCCAGAAGACAACACUCUCUCUACAUCAGAGAAUUCAUACAGGAGAGAAACCCUAUAUUUGUAAAGAAUGUGGUAAGUCCUUUCACCAGAAGGCAAACCUUACUGUACAUCAGAGAACUCAUACGGGGGAAAAGCCCUAUAUUUGUAAUGAAUGUGGGAAAUCGUUCUCCCAGAAGACAACCCUCGCUCUUCAUGAGAAGACUCAUAAUGAGGAGAAACCCUAUAUUUGUAAUGAAUGUGGGAAGUCCUUUCGCCAAAAGACAACCCUUGUGGCACAUCAGAGAACACAUACAGGGGAAAAAUCCUAUGAAUGUCCUCACUGUGGGAAGGCCUUUAGAAUGAAGUCAUACCUCAUUGAUCAUCACAGAACUCACACAGGAGAAAAACCAUAUGAAUGUAAUGAAUGUGGGAAAUCCUUCAGUCAGAAGACAAAUCUGAAUCUGCAUCAGAGAAUUCAUACAGGAGAGAAACCCUAUAUUUGUAAUGAAUGUGGGAAGUCCUUUCGCCAGAAAGCAACUCUCACUGUACAUCAAAAAAUACAUACAGGACAGAAAUCCUACGAAUGUCCUCAGUGUGGGAAAGCCUUUAGCAGGAAGUCAUAUCUCAUUCAUCAUCAAAGAACUCAUACAGGAGAGAAACCAUAUAAAUGUAAUGAAUGUGGGAAGUGCUUCCGCCAGAAAACAAAUCUCAUUGUACAUCAGAGAACUCACACAGGAGAGAAACCCUAUAUUUGUAAUGAGUGUAGUAAGUCCUUCAGUUAUAAGAGAAACCUCAUUGUCCAUCAGAGAACUCACAAGGGAGAAAACAUAGAAAUUCAAUAAAUGAUGUGAUCUCUUUGUGAA